GACGCAACUCCCGCGCAGCAGAGCUCGUUCUACAUGCCCGUCACAAUGCGUCUGCUCGUCUUGUUCCUCGCCCUGGCCCUGCCUGCCCUGGCCGCCGCCCACUCCUGGAUCGUCUGUACGGACUACCUGGAGAACAACGGCUGGUACUGGGAUGAGGCUAAGUGCAGGGCCUGGCCAAGGUCUGCCCACAGGCAUAACAUGCGUUUCGGCUAUUUUGGACUACAUCGCGGGUUUAUGAACAAACUGGACAACCACCCUGAGGAAACCGCGCUGUGUCGGCACCCACGGAAUGACGACACGGAGUAUACCGACCUGACACCAAUGGCGGCGUACUACCUGGGGCAGAAGGUCGUCCUAACCCACCCCACAAAAAACCACGUGGCAGAUGUGAGAUGUAAGGACAACACCAACAUCGUAGACACGGAGAACCUGAUCUUCGCGGUGGACGGAGACGAGGACCCCUGCUGUAUCGACUCGGACAAACUGAUAGUGGUUGAAGACAUGGGAAUAUCUCCAUAUGGGCCUGACAUCGACCCUGUGCUGACUACCACCUACCCGAAGCCUGGGUUCCAGAACGCGCCCAAGUUCUGUGAAAAUGAAGCGGACGCCAUGGGGACGUACAACUUCACCAUUCCGCUGGACAUGAAGCCAGGCCGCCACACCUUUGUCUGGAAGUGGAUUCGGUCCCCCACGGUCAGCCCCUUCACCACCUGCUGGGAGGCUGACGUGUUCGCUACGAAGGCCGAGAGGGACGCGCACUACACAGCUACGGGCCAGUCUACCGUAGAUCUGUGGGACUUCUACCAGAUCAACACCAUUGUUGACGGCCAGAUCGUGGAUCCGAUAGAUCCCGUGGAUCCGAUCAUCUCGGGCUGAUGGAUGGAUGGGGUCUUCAUGACGUCAUCGAAAUAAACAUUCAUCUGUGGAAUAUAA